AUGAGAUCAAAAUAUUUUAGAGAAUUGUUAUGUGGUGUAUUAUCAGUAUUCUUUGAAUACACAUUGGGUAUAAAUAGACAUGUACUACCUCCACCAACUAAUAGUGCAUUACAAUUAAAAGCUAAAACAUUAGAAUAUAUCGAACGUUGGAAUGAAGCAUUCGGUGCUCAUUAUAGUUUAUUAAGAAAUGGUUAUUACUAUUUAAAAAAUUCUUUAAAUUUAAAUUUCCCUGAAAUUAGAGCUCAAGCUCAAAUAAGAACAAGAGAAGAAAAUGAAAGAAAGGAAAAAACUCAAGCUUUAUUAAAAUUAAAAUAUGAAAAAUUUAAAGUUGAAUUUUUAGAAAUUACAAAUUCAAUUCAAAAGAUAAUAAAUGAUAUGCAAGAUUUAUUUAAAGAGAUGAUUCCAGAUCCAUCUUCAAAUUUUGAAGAUUUAUUUGGUAGUGAUGAAGAUUAUAAAGAAAGUUUAAAGCAACAAGGAGAGGAAAUAGAAAAAGAAAAAGAAAAAGAAAAAGAUACAAACAAUGAAGAGGAGGAAGAGGAAGAAGAAGAGGAAAGAAUUGAUAAUUCAAAUAUUGUUAAAGAAGGUGGUUUUGGUAGUAUGAGUUAUGCAAUUGAUGUAUCAAUUGAUCCAGAAGAUACAAAAGAGAAUUUGGAUGAAAUUAAAGUUAAACAAUUAAGUGAAUUGGUGACAGAGUUGGAAAGAUAUCAAAACUUGGUUGUAAAUGAUUGGUAUUCAACAUUAAUUAAAAUUAAUAUUAAUACACAAUCAGAUACUGAAUAUUCUUCUCAUCUUAGACAUGUAAUAACACUUCAACAAAAUAUUAAUGAUAUUAAAGCAAAGAGUAAGGAUAUUGAUGUUUUACCAUUUAAAAAUAUUGAUAAUCAAAAUAAUAAUCAAGAAAAUGAAGAAGAAAUUGAUGAAUUUGAAGGUAUAGAAAUGGAAGAGUAUACUGGUGAACAAUCAAUUGAAGAUGAAAAUAAUGAAAACAAAACUACUACAACUACAACUACAACUACUACUACAACUACAACAGAUGAAGGAAUAAUUUAUAAACCAUAUUAUAAACGUGAUAUUAAACCAGUUAGUGUUGAAGAUUUACCAGAGGAAGAAUCAGUUGAAGAUUUAUUAAAACGUGCUCCAAUUGUACCAAUGGAUCCAACUUUAUUAUUUUGGGGUCAAAAAGAGAUUGUGUUGGAUACUGGUAUCAAUAGAGAACAUAGAUUCUUGGGUGAAGGUAGUGAAGCGACAAUUUCAAUUGAAAAUUAUAAUAAACUUAAUCAAGUAACCUAUACAUUAGAGGAUGAAGUUGAUACAACACCUUCUAUGGCUUGUAAUUUCCCUUUGAAAAAUGGUAGCCUUUGUCAAAGAAGAGAUAAAGAGAUUUGUCCAUUUCAUGGUAAAAUCAUACCACGUGAUGAUAUAACUGGUGAAAUCUUAAAUGAAGAUGAUAAAAAAAAAGUACAAGAACAACUACAACAACAACAAGAAGAAGAAGAUAAAAAUAGUAACAAUAAUGUAACACCAAAAAAAAGAAUCAUAUCAAGUCCAGUAUUAAUUGGUACACCACUUUAUAAACCACCAACAAAAAAUAAAGAUGAAACAACACCAAAGAAACAACGUCCAAAUCCAAAUUUAAUUGAUAUCUCUGAAAAAGCAAAUGAAACUGUUAAAUCAAAAAUUGAUAAAAUUUUAUCAAAGAAAAAAUAA